UUUCCAUCUCACUUAAUUAGGCUUUCCCUGCUGAUUCUUCCUCGUGUAUGCUAAAAAUUCACUUUCAUCCGGCUUAAAGAGAACGUUUUUCUUUAUUUAACGCUAAAAAAGGUUUAUUUAACACCUUGUAUCGGCUGUGCGACGUUAUUUAUGAAGCGGGUGAAAGUGAACGCAACCGAACUGUGCGACGUUAUUAUGCAAAAGCGUUCGCUGAACAAUCAGCCUCUGGCUGCUUAUCUCAGUAAGCCAACUCUCAGUCACAUCUAAUGGAACGCAACCGAACUGAACAAAGUAUGUUUGCUCGACCAUGGCGUACGUGGCCGUCCCGCGUGUAGCGGCGUGUGGAUAUCUUUGUACUACUGCUGCCUCGCCCUCCCGCUCCAUAUAAACCUCGAGCGAGCAAUGCCGCACAUUUCCUGGCGCGACACACUGCAGUACAAGCGCUCCCGCUUCCAUCCGUCUUCCGAUUGACACGCUGCACCAGCCAAAAAGCCACUGACCUCACAGCCUCGCUCCGCCCGCCAUGGCCGCUGCCACGGUGCGGUCGACGUUGCCCCGCUGCCUCCUCCUCCUCCUCCUCCUCCUCCUCCUGUCCACGGCGCUUGCCUCCGCCGCCACCGCGCCGCGGCUCGUGCUCCUGGCGCCGUCCGGCUCGCACACGCCGUGCCUGGACAACCCGCCCGACCUGACGGCCGCGGCCGACGAGGCGGGCGAGCUCGUCCGCGACCUCGGCAGCCUCCCGGCCUACGUCACCGGAUCCCGCAGCUCCACGCGCGCCAUCGUCCUCGCCUCCGACUACUUCGGCUUCCAAGCGCCAAAACUGAGGAAAAUCGCGGAUCAGGUUGCGGAUGAUGGAUACUUGGUCGUGGUUCCUGAUUUGCUGCACGGGGACCCGUUCAGGGAUGAGGCCAAUAUUUCAUUUCAAGAUUGGCUGAAAACCCACUCUCCGGUGGAGGCAGCUGAAAAGACUAAAGUGCUUAUUGCUGCUCUGAAGAAGCAAGGGGUGUCUGAAGUUGGGGUUGGAGGUUAUUGCUGGGGUGCAAAGGUAGCUGUGGAGCUAUCAAAGUCUGAAGAAAUUCAAGUGGUUGUCAUUUCGCACCCUUCACUAGUGACUGUCGAUGACAUGAAGGAGGUCAAGCAUCCCAUUGAGAUUCUCGGAGGAGAGCUUGAUCAAGCUUCUCCACCGCCGAUAGUGCACCAGUUUGAACAGGCCUUGGAUCAGAACAACAAGAUUGACCACUUCGUGAAGAUCUUCCCGGGAGUAGCCCACGGUUUCGCUUGCAGAUACAACGCCAGCGACGCGUUCGCCGUCAAAACUGCCGAAAAAGCUCGUGCAGACAUGCUCAGCUGGUUCAACAAGUAUCUGAAGAAGCACCAAGAGCUUUCGCUCCACGAAUCUUAGAAACUCGAUCGCUCCAAGCUGUUUUGAACAAGUCACCCUUUUAGUUUUGUAUAAAUCGACGCCUUUUCAUUAGUUUAGAAGUACAGAAUUAAGGAGCUCUUGCCUUUCUGAAUAAAUUGCACAUCGGUGCUGAACUUUUUAGGCGUAGCUUGGUCGUGUAUGCAAUGCAAUAAUAAAAUAGUUCCUCUAGUUUGAUUCAGCUGUA